AUGCUGCUGUUCACACAGGGCCCCAUCUUUACCCGCGAUAUACUUAGGCAGCCUGAUCUGCGGCCGUCCAUCGGAAAUAACCUUCUCGGACACCGUGGGCGAAACGAACCCUCUUGCUCUCCCCGGAUUUGCUCCAGUCACUCAAUUCGAGCAGACGCGUGCACGUUGCUCGAAAAGUGCGCUAUUUGCGCCACGGUGCUGAUGGCGAAUAGCUUCCAGCGCAUGGUCCUGUAUCGGUUCUAUCUUUGCUGCGCGAAUCACGUGGUCCGCGUUUCUCACAACUUCCUACAACAACCAAGAACUUGA